AUGGGUCCCCCCACAACCAGGAAAGGGAAGGAGGUGAAGCCCUCGAAGAGCAAGAGCGUGGCGGCCGCCAAGUCAGAGUUCAUCGUCCGGUCGGACAAGAAGAUCGAGAAAGAGUGGCGCACGGACUGGUGCUGGGUCCGUGUGGACGAGCCCGAGGAGUUCAUCUUUCUGCCCACCGAGUUGCCGCUGAAGGCCCCCGGCUGGCGGGACCGUCCCUGCUCUCCCCUCCGCCCGCACCCCGCGGGACAGGCGCAGGAGGAGAGCGGGAGCGAGUCGGAGGCCCGCCAGCCCCACGACUUGUCCUCCUCCAACAAGGCGGACCGGGUUGCCGCCGUCCGGGAGGUCAUCCCCGUGGAUGACGACGAGGAGGAGGACGACGACAACGCGCUCCUGAUCGUGAGCAGAUCAAGGGCGCGCACAGCGGCCGCGGCUACCUCCACGGCGGCUGCGGCGGCAACCGCCCCCGCGGUGGCUACCGGCUCCACGACCACGACCGCCUCGGCGGCGUCCCCCGGCACCCCCGCGGCGACCACCCCCGCAGCGGUCGCCGGAGCCAUGGCGGCGACCACCCCGGCAGCGACCGCCCGCGACCCGGCAGCGACUACCCUAGCAGCAGUCGCCGGCGACGCGGAGGCCGCCACACCCGCAGUGGCCGCCGACACCGUGGCGGCUCCUUCGAUGGUUUCUGUGGCGCCUCGGGCCGCGGCAACCCCACGGGCACCCACUGCGCGAGGGAUCUUCCGGGGCUUCGCGCUCCGACGCAACCCCCCGAAUGCCAAUUUGUCGGCAAGCGCCGGCAAGAGGGGGAGGGACGAUUUUCCACCUGCCGCGCCGAGCAAGAAGGCGCACACGGACGCUGGCAGCGGCGCCGACCCGGCGACCCAGCCCCGAUGGAGGUGGCGCCGGCAACAGGAGCGACAGGAGCUCUCCCGGUUGCGGGAGGAGACUCGCCUCGCCCGGGAAGCCCAAGACGAGGCCACAGUGCCGGUCGUCCCAGAGGAGGAGCUCCAUCGACAGUUGGAGGCUCAGCACACCGAGAACCAGGAGGCCCUGGGCUCGCUGAAGGCGGCGCAGCUGAAGGCCGAGGAGGAGCACAGAAAGGCGCUCGCCACGGCCCAGGCCCGCCUCGACGAGAAGAGCGACCUAAUCACCCGCUACACCGGCCAGAUUCAGGGCCUGUGCGUCAAGCUGGAGGUGCAGACCAAGACCACCGAAGGUGCAGUGACCGCAGCAGCCCGGCACGAGAUCCAACUCAACGCCGCCAAGGACAAGAAAGAUAAACUGAAGUCCAAUGGAAGCAACUUUACGGACUGGUUCCGGAAUGUGAGGAUUAUCCUCGAAGCUGCCAAAAAGGCUUAUGUUUUUGAUGCCGCGCUUGGUGCAGAACCCGCACUCCAAAAGCGUUUUGAGCACCACUCGGCAUAUGCUAUGAUUGGGGAACUGAAUACUUUAUUUCAGACCCAAGCCCGUGCGGAGAGGUAUGAUGCCUCCGAAAGGUUCUUUAACUGCAAGAUGGAGGAGAACAGCUCCGUUAGCGAGCACGUGCUCAGAAUGUCUGGGUACGCCGACCGCCUGAGACAACUGGGAAUUGAGAUUCCUAAUGAAUUAGGCAUUGACCGGGUUCUUCAGUCACUACCACCUAGCUAUAAAAGUUUUGUGGUGAACUACAAUAUGCAAGGGAUGGAUAGGACACUUCCUCAGCUCCUCGCGAUGUUAAAAACCGCGGAGGUGGAAAUCAAAAAGGAGCAUCAAGUGUUGAUGGUCAAUAAGACCACCAGUUUCAAGAAGGCAAAGGGUAAGAAGGGAAAUUUCAAGAAGGGUGGCAAAACUGUUGCCACUCCCGCGAAGAAGCCCAAAUCUGGACCUAAGCCGGAUACUGAGUGCUUCUACUGCAAGGGGACUGGCCACUGGAAACGUAACUGCCCCAAGUACUUGGCAGAUAAGAAGGCUGGCAACGUCAAAGGUGAAUAUUUGAGUUACGAGUUUGGCACGCAUUUAAGACAAUGUGGAAUUGUUUCACAACUUACGCCGCCUGGAACACCACAACGCAAUGGUGUGUCCGAACGUCGUAAUCGUACUUUAUUGGAUAUGGUACGGUCUAUGAUGUCUCUUACUGAUUUGCCACUGUCGUUUUGGGGUUAUGCAUUAGAGACAGCCACAUUCACUUUAAAUAGGGCACCAUCUAAAUCCGUUGAAACGACACCGUAUGAAUUAUGGUUUGGCAAGAAACCUAAGCUGUCCUUUCUUAAAGUUUGGGGAUGCGAAGCUUAUGUAAAAAGGCUACAACCUGAUAAGCUCGAACCCAAGUCGGAAAAAUGCGUCUUCAUAGGAUACCCUAAAGAAACAAUUGGGUACACCUUCUAUCACAGAUCCGAAGGAAAAGUGUUUGUCGCUAAGACCGGGUCCUUUCUAGAGAAGGAGUUUCUCUCGAAAGAAGUGAGUGGGAGGAAGGUAGAGCUCGAUGAGGUUAUUGAACCUUCUCUCGAAUUUGAGUGUAGCGCAGCACCAGAAACUGUUCCCGUGCAUCCUGCAUCAGCUAGAGAGGAAGCUAAUGAUAAUGAUCAUGAAGUUUUGAAUGAGACAACUACUGAACUUCGCAGGUCGACGAGAACACGUAAUACUCCUGAGUGGUACAAUGUUCGUGUCAUGAAUGUCAUGUUGUUGGACAACGAUGAACCUGCGAAUUAUGAGGAAGCGAUGAUGAGCCCAGACUCCGAAAAAUGGUUAGAAGCCAUGAAAUCCGAAAUGGGAUCCAUGUAUGAAAACCAAGUAUGGACUUUGGUAGACUUACCGAAUGACCGAAAGGCCGUUGAGAACAAAUGGAUUUUCAAGAAGAAAACAGAUGCUGAUGGAAAUGUUACCGUCUAUAAAGCUCGACUUGUGAUCAAAGGGUUUGGAUUUGUCCAAACUCACGGAGAAGCUUGUAUUUACAAGAAAGUGAGUGGGAGCUCUGUAGCAUUUCUAAUACUGUAUGUGGAUGACAUAUUGCUGAUUGGGAAUGAUAUAGAACUUCUUAAAAGUGUUAAAGGCUAUUUGAAUAAAAGUUUUUCAAUGAAAGACCUUGGUGAAGCAGCUUACAUAUUAGGCAUCAAGAUUUAUAGGGAUGACUCCAAGUCUCAAUCCGGAUACGUAUUUAUU